UGGUCUGACACAGUAGGACACUGCUGCCUCUGCACCGCUCCUACAACAGGGAAAUGCAGAGACAGGACUGCUGCUCGUGAGCUGAGAAAUGAAGUUGUGUCCCUCCACUUCCCAGAUGUACCGCCCCAGUGUCAGUGUGUGGACAGACUACAUCUUCUAGGGGACAACAACCGAGCCCUGAAACUCAAGCCUGGGACCUUCAGCCAACACAGGCUACAGCACAAACUACUGGAGAAUGAGCUUCAAGAUGUUCUCCAGGAGAAAAAGCACUUGAGUCACCACUUGUUCAACAAUAGCCAGAAGGCAGUCCAAAAUGAGCAGGUGAAGUCAGAGUAUGAGCAGCUCAAAGAGACCCUCGGUGCUGUGACUCAGGAGAGAGAUUCAGCCCUGCGGGAGAAGACCCAGCUCCAAGGCAAACUGGAGAACCUAGAGCAGGUGCUAAAGCAUAUGCGUGAGGCUGCAGAGCGGAGGCAGCAGCUAGAGUUGGAGCAUGAACAAGCCUUGGCUGUACUCAAUGCAAAGCAGCAGGAGAUUGACCUUCUGCAGAAGGCUCAGGUUGAGGCUAAGAAGGAGCAUGAGGGCGCCGUCCAUCUGUUAGAGAACCACUUGGACAGCAUGCAGGCCAAAGUCCGAGAGCUGGAGGAGAAAUGUCGGACACAGAGUGAGCAGUUCAACCUCCUGUCCAAAGAGCUAGAGAAGUUCCGGCUACAAACUGGAAAGUUUGAUACCCUUGGCAGUGGCACCGAUCCCUUAACUGUGUGUGAAUCCCCCGGAUCGCCAAACAAAUCCCUCUCCCAGCUCCUCAACGGGCUGGCCGCCCCCACAGGGAAAGGCAAUGAGAGUCCGCUGAGCAGAUCUGUGAUCUCUGAGUUCAUCCGACCGCUCCAGAUCAGUGGGGACAAGCCAGAGCUCGUGUCGGUAAAGCCAACAUUCCUCACCCGCAGCAGCAGCCGAGCUGGCAGCUCCCAACGAGCCCUCCUCACCGAGAUGGACAAAGAACUAAGCUCAACGACUAGGACCAAGAAGAGGUUCACAGGCAAGGUCCGUCUGUGCAUCGCCAGGUACAGUUAUAACCCCUGUAAUGGGCCCAAUGAGCAUCCUGAGGCAGAGCUCCCCCUAGUGGCAGGGAAGUACCUCUACGUGUAUGGGACCAUGGAUGAUGACGGCUUCUAUGAAGGAGAGCUGCUGGAUGGACAGCAGGGACUUGUCCCUUCCAACUUUGUGGACUUUGUUAAGGACGAGAAGAUGCCCUCUGCUCAGCACAGGGAUGGGGCCAAAGAGUCAGGCUACCUCAGUAGUAACCACAGCAGCCUGGGCUCCACAGGGCUGGGCAGCAUGGGCCUGAGCAGCAUCAGCAGCCUGCUGUCUGACAGUAAACUGGACCUGGGCCCCAGCCUAGAUAGAAACCUGGAGAGAAACCUGGAGAGAAACCUGGGGAGCAACCUCAGUUCCACUCUGGGUUCCACUCACGGUUCCACUCUAGGAAGCCACAUGGGUUCCACUCUGGGCAGCAACAUGGGUUCCACUCUGGGUUCCACUCACGGUUCCACUCACGGUUCCACUCUGGGCAGCAACAUGGGUUCCACUCUGGGUUCCACUCACGGUUCCACUCACGGUUCCACUCUGGGCAGCAACAUGGGUUCCACUCUGGGUUCCAUUCACGGUUCCACUCUGGGCAGCCACAUGGGUUCCACUCUGGGCAGCCACAUGGGUUCCACUCUGGGUUCCACUCAUAGUUCCAGUCACGGUUCCACUGGCCUGGGUUCCAGUCUGAGCAGCACUCUGACCAGCCUGGGCAGCAGUAGCCUGGGCAUGGACUUCCUGGGCUCUAUGGGUUCCUGCAGCAACGGGACAGGGACCCUGGAUGUCAGCAUUGACGAGAUUGGUGAAAACAUUGUGCCUUACCCUCGCCGUAUCAAUCUGAUCAAACAGCUGGCCAAGAGUGUGAUCGUGUGCUGGGACCCUCCGGUGGUGCCGCCCGGCUGGGGCUCCAUCAGUGGCUACAACGUCCUGGUGGACAAGGAGGUGAGGAUGAGCGUGCCCUUUGGGGGCAAGACAAAGUCGCUUAUCGAGAAGCUCAACCUGGCCACCAAUACCUACCGCAUCUCGGUGCAGAGCAUCACGGAGCGGGGCCCGUCUGACGAGCUGCGCUGCACUCUGCUGGUGGGGAAGGAUGUGGUGGUGGCUCCUUACUAUCUGAGGGUAGACAACAUCACACAGGUCUCUUCUGAGCUCUCCUGGCAGCCUAGCAACAGCAACUACAGCCACACCAUCUUCCUGAACGAUGCUGAGUAUGACAUGGUGAAGGCAGGGGCCUACAAGUACCAGUUCUUCCAACUGAAGCCCAUGACCGUUUACAAGGUGAAGGCCGUGGCGCGGCCACACCAGAUACCUUGGCAGCUGCCCCUGGAACACAGGGACAAGAGGGAGAUCUCUGUGGAGUUUUGCACCCAGCCUGCAGGUCCUCCCUUUCCUCCCCAGGAGGUGAAGGUCCAGUUGGGCCAGAACCCUGGGGUGCUGCAGGUGCGAUGGAAACCCCCCAUUCUCACCCCCACUGGAACCUCCAACGGAGCCAACGUGAUUGGCUAUGCCGUGUGCACAAAGGGACAAAAGAUAGCGGAGGUGAUGUACCCAACAGCAGACUAUGUGACAGUGGAGCUGAAUAGGAUCCAGUGUCUGGAGGCCAGGGAGGUCAUUGUCAGGACGUUAUCAGCACAAGGAGAGUCUCAGGACUCCCCCGUGGCCACAAUACCGCACAAUAUCCUGGGGCCUCCCCAUCACUCACCCCACCACCACUCCCCUGCACAUCUCCAUCCUAUGCCUCAACCCCAGCACCAUCAGCCACACACACAAACACACCCGCCCUACCCCCAGACCUACCCCCCGUCCCACCCCCAACCUCAGGUCCACCCUCUGCCUCAAUCCCAGCCCCACACCCUGCCUCAUGGUCAGCCUCUGCGCCACCCACCCCCUCACCCCCAGCCCCAACACCAGCUCUACCCCAUGUCUAAGCCCAAUUUAGUAAGUGCCAGAGAGUCAGAAACCAAAGAGUAUGAGGCGGGCCUGCGGCCUGGCCCGCCCUGGGAGCGAUCCCCAUCGCCCCUCCCUCCUACCAUGCGUGGACACACUCUGGAGCCGCCCCACUUCCAGGGGCGCCGUUCACCCUCUCCACAGAGGAUCCUACCCCAGCCUCAGGGAGCCCCCAUCCCCAACACCAUCGCCAAGGCCAUGGCCAGGGAAGCUGCACAGAGAGUGUUCGCUGAGAGCAACCGGAUGGAGAAGAGGAAUAUCUUCAGUGAGCGGAGCGUGAACUCUGAUGAGGAGGAGGAUGGUUAUGACUCUCCCCACACCAGGAGGAGAGGGGCCUCUGUGGACGAGUUCCUCAGAGGCUCUGAACUGGGGAGACAUGUACGGCACCACCACAGCCACAGCCACAGUGAGGAGUACCAGACGGAGAGCAGCCGCGGCUCAGACCUGUCUGACAUCAUGGAGGAGGACGAGGAGGACCUGUACUCUGAGAUGCAGCUGGAGGAGGGCCGUCGACGCAGCAUCAACUCUCACAACACUCUCAAGAUUAUAGGGAACUCCCCCUCCCAUGGGUGCUCCCAUGGCGACCGGCUAGACCAUUCAGGGAGGAGGCCGGUCCAUGGCGGCAACCCCACACAGCGACGACCCAUGAUGGUUCCUUCCAUUGAUGGGUAUGGCGGGCAAGGCCGCGGGCAUGGCCGAGGGCGGCGCUCGCCAGAGUACUAUGAGGAGUCGGAGCCAGAGGACCUGGCGCGUAUAUUUGUGGCCCUGUUUGACUACGACCCUCUGUCCAUGUCCCCCAACCCUGAUGCUGCAGACGAGGAGCUGCCCUUCAAAGAGGGCCAGAUCAUCAAGGUGUUUGGGGAUAAGGACACGGAUGGGUUCUACAGGGCAGAGAUCCGUGACCGUCCGGGUCUGAUCCCCUGUAACAUGGUGUCAGAGAUCCAGACUGAGGAUGAUGAGAUGAUGGACCAGCUACUCAAACAGGGCUUCCUCCCACUCAACACUCCUGUAGAGAAAUUAGUGAACUGCAACCGCUUCAAAGAUGGCCGCUCAAUAAACCGCAGGUCCCGGAAAUCCAAGCGAGAGAGGAACAGGCGGAGUGGUCGUCAGCACCCCUCGUCCACACAUAGAAUGGUGGCACUGUAUGACUAUGACCCCAGGGAGAGCUCCCCCAAUGUGGAUGUGGAGGUACUGCUAGAGUCAGGUGUAGAGGCUGAACUGACAUUCUGUGCUGGUGAUGUCAUAACAGUUUUUGGUGAAAUUGAUGAAGAUGGGUUUCAUUAUGGCGAGCUCAAUGGACACAAAGGUCUUGUUCCCUCCAACUUUCUAGAAGAAGUGCCUCAUGAUGUUGAGGUUUUUCUCACUGACACACCAUCUCGAGAUCCUCGAUAUCCCCAGGACGCUGCAGCGCGGAUAAAGACCAAAAGGCAGGUUAAAUUGGUUCCAACAACCUUGAUGAAGUUACCUGGUGAAAAGUGAUUAAUUGCUUCAAAAACUGGUAAAUUGAAACACUUAUCCCCUCUCUACGUAUGAUAAACUAUGAACGUUCAAUGUGCAGAAUAGUAUGACCCUCUUAUUGAUCUGGACAUGUCUAUAUGUAGCUAUAUCCUACAAUCUACUGUAUAUACUACAGUGCUAGACUAGUCUCAUGUUAAUGGGAUCUUAAGGAUACAUCUUUCCUAAGUGCAAUUGAAAAUAAGCCUUUUAGCUCAUGAUUACAAUGAAGGAAUAUUUAGAUAUUAGAUGUUUACUGUAACCCAGUUGUAUAUGAAUGCCCUUUAUAUUUAAAAAGAAAAUCUGCUGUCAUAUGUUGUCCCAUAAUGUUAAUACAAUAUUGUGUCUCUUGUUUUUGUGUGAAAGACAUGGCUUUUGCCAUUGAUAGCCAUUCUGGAGAAUCUCAGCAUAGAAAUAUGUGAUUGGUAAAGAGUAUGUGGACAUUCUUUGACAUUGAAGUCUUUAUAAUUUAAACCAGCUUGAUGAAAGACUGUACCUAAAUGGCAGUGGGGGAGGGGGGUAUACAGCACCUCAGUACACUAAAGAGACAAUAUCCUAACAUUCACAAGUUGAUAGACUGAUGAAGCCAAAGGUAUGGUGGCCCUGUUGAGACAGAAAGGACUGAGUGGAAGGGAGUAGUGACUGGGGUGCAAGAGGGCUGGCUUUUUAACCCCGCUGAACUGUCCCUUACGGGUCUCCCAUUAGGUUCCAUUGGAAAAAUCGGGUCCGCCCAGAAGAGCCACCUCCCCCACAGAGCGCCAACAGAUCCCUGGCUCUGCUACCGUGGGGCCUGGCAGUCCCAUCAGGGGCCCCCGCGACUUGUCCUCCAAAAAGAAAAAGGGACUGCUCUCCAAAGGGAAGAAACUAUUGAAAAGACUUGGCGCUGUAAAAUAACCCCUUCAUAUACUUGUUGAAGUAUCUUACCAACCACAUCAUACUUAAUCUCCAACACUUCCAUUACUGUAAGCAGUCCUGUGAAAACAUAUAGUGGUCAAAACUUUGAUUUUGAUGGCAUUUGACAGUUAGUCACUCUUACAAAUCUGUUGUAUUCUAGAAACCAUAUUUUCUUAUGUAAAUUGCAGUAUGUAUUUUGAAUAUGGUUCAGGGACCUCACUCAUAGUUUGACAUUUAGUGUCAUAAGCCAACCUCUGGUCAUUUAUGUUUUGCUAUCUGAAGCAGAGGCCUACAAUGGAUGGAUGAUUUGAAAUAUUCUCAAUUUUGAAGGCCAAUAGGUACGUAGGUGUUUUGAUGAUGCUGUAGACUACAAUGUCCCUCAGUGUAAGAGGUGUUUAGACCAGCGUCUCUUUAGGGCUGAGAUCAAAGGAUAGGGCUCAGAAUGGCCAGUCAACAUCAUACUUGAUACUACUGCUGGUGGCCCACCCUAACCUUCAUAUUGUAGUACCCAUGUUGAGGCAAGGAAAAUAGCAGUUUUAGGGUCAGGCAGCUGAGGUCAUUUGAACAGUAUGGGAGGUUUGCAUGUUUUACCUAAACCACAUCCAGAAUGAAAAUGCCUAUCCAACCUUUGAAAGCACAUGCUAACUGCUGGCCUUUUCUAUCAGAACUCAAGGCUCAAUUUGCAUGUUUUGUCAGUGCAUUUUUAUAAUGAGAGAAUCUACAGUGUAUGAGCCAAAUUUGCUAAACGAAUAGUAAAUAGAGUACUUUUUUUUUCUUUCUUUCUUUUUUUUUUUUUUUUUACAUACAAACAGAAUAUUCAAUACAAACCUAAAUGUCACAUUCGUACUCAGUUCAAUUCAAGCCCAGGUACACAUUUAACUAGUCAGCACCUGAAGUCAUGAUAUGUGCAGUGGUAAAAUAUGCAAAAUCUCCAGAAAGACUUGAGUCAGAUUGGUCUGGAGAGAAUUUGAUAAGCAAGUAUCAGUUCUUCAGACACACCGAAAUAACUCUGGACAAGCACAUGAGAUAGGACAGGGUUUCAAGAUUCAGUAUCUUUUUGUUGUUGUUGAAUGGUCAUGAAAUGCCUAGUUAAAACCAACCUCCAUGUAUUUGCCUUAUAAACGCACAAUGGUUUGUAUUUUGUCCAGUGAGUGGAGCAUUUUUAUGUCCUGUAUGCAUUCAUGUCAUUGCAUUACUUCUGAAAAUGAAAUGUAUUUGCAAAUUAUGUUGAUCAAGACUAGUGAUGUGCAGUUUAUUACUUGUACGAAUGUCAUGUUUUUUGGAGGAGAAUACUAUAAUUGGCACAAAAUACUUUAAUGAAAUAAAUACAAGGCACUUUAUUUUGUUCUUCAUGUUAUACAUGCAAUGUAUUCACUGCAUUCACAAUCCCAUUUUGACACAGGUUUGUGUAAAAGACAAUGGACGUGAAGGAAAUGCAAUUGAAGGCCAGUUUAAUUCAAACUGUUUCCAGGAUAAGUUGCAAUCAGCAGUUGGUAUUAUUUUUGUUUCAAACUAAAAGUUUUGUAGAGUACACCCCAAACUUGCAAUUCUUGCAGCAGGAGAAUGUUGUUUUAGACUUAUGCCGGAGACUAGGUUUGAUUGAAUAACCUUCAUCAGAUAAGAGCCCUAUAUCAAGUUAUUGUUGUUACAUAGAAAUUGUGAUUUCAACAAGACACAAGUCUACCUCCAUAACGACCCCUAUAAGUUCAACUAAUUUGACUAUAGGUUCACAGAAGUCAACUCUCCAUUUCAUAUAUUUGCAAAGGGUAGAAGUACUGUAUUUGUGUCAGCACCCAACUAGCACAGAGUAGUGAAUGUAUGAUUAAUUGAAAGCCAAUGUAUUUUAAUUUAUCAAAACUAUCCAUUAGGAGUAUGCAGAUGUCCAGCGUUCUCUGGUCCAGUUUGUAUGUUAAAUGAAACCUUCCAUCUGUUAACGCUUUACACUAUUUUGUUAAUCAUUUCAUCCUUCCAUUCACUUUAUAUCACUGCUUUUUCUGGACUACUACUUACAUGAGAUUUGAACUGAGACUGCCAAAAAAGAAUGUAUGAAAAGCAUUCUGUACAACUUUCUGUACAAUUGUCAGUCAUUGCUUCUAUACAUAUUGUUUUGACUGUUGCUCUUUUUGUACUUUGUCCAUUUGUAAAUUGUUUUUAAAUGUUUAUACUUGAUUUUCAGACUGCCUUUUUUGUACAUUAAAAUUGAUAAUCAAACAGUGCAAAGCUUUCCCCAUGGUGUCUUCAAAACCAUAAUGAUUUAAGUCUGCAAUUGUGUGCUAGCUUUAUGAAAAAAAAAAAGAUCAGCCUAUAUUGGUGGUUACAAAAUAUUGUGUGGGUGUGCAUGUGCAAAAAUUUGUAUCAAAUAAAUUUCAUAUUUUGUAAUGCUGCUUGCCCUGUGUUUUAUUCCUCGAAUGCCAUGGUGUAACAGCAAAGUCAAAGGAUUAAGGACUCGAUUCAAUCCAUAUCGCUCAAGUUCAGCGCUGUAGCGCGAUUUAAAUGUAAAGGUAAUUUCCGAUUGAGCUGACAUACUAAGUCGUUUACUGUGAAUGCGGGAACAUUGGCUUUACAUUUCUAUUGCGCUGUAUGUAGUGCAGGUCUUCAGCACUACGGAUUGAAUAAAGUCAUAAACGUUAAUAUCAAAGUCCUGAGUAUGGACAGAAUUGAGUUACUCUGAAAAGGGCAUAGGCCUGAAAAAGGAAAGGGACAUGUAAUUAUCACAACUUCAAAUACUAACUGCUCCAGGGGUAUUCAACUCUUAUCCUACAAGGUCCAGAGCCUGCUGGUUUUCUGUUAUACCUGAUAAUUAA